AACCGCGUUGCCAAACUAGCGCUAAUUCUUAAUGGCGUCCUCAUCGUCGUCGGCAGCCGCAGCGCCUCUUCUCCGCCUCUCUCUCCCAACGAGAAAACCCUACUUCCCUCCUUCCGCCGCCGCCAAUAACGGUAAUUGUAUCAGAUUCCGGCGGUGGCUACCUCCACCUUACUCGCUCACUUCAUCGACCAUCAGAAUCUCGCUGCCGCCCCGAGCUAGAAGAGCGGAAGCUAGAAGACCAGGGGGAAUCGUUUCUCCCACCGCCUCCUAUAACGCCGGCGGCGGCAGCCCCACUCCGGCCACGGACCGCAUUAUAUCGGCGGUGGCUUACUUCCUGCCGUUCUUCAAUGGUCUCCAGUACGGCCGCUUCCUCUUCGCCCAGUAUCCCCAAACCCUAGGCGCCGCCUUCGAGCCAUUGCUGCCUCUCCUCAGCCUGUACCGUUCCGUGCCCUACGCCAGCUUCGUGGCCUUCUUCGCUCUCUACCUCGGCGUUGUCAGGAACCCUAGUUUCAGCCGCUAUGUCAGGUUCAACUCAAUGCAGGCCGUGGUGCUUGACGUUCUCCUGGUUCUCCCCCUCCUCUUCCUUCGCAUUUUCAGCCCUGGCAGGUCCCGCAUCGCCUUCGGGCUCACGGUGAUGGCUCACAAUGCUAUUUUUGUCUUCACUGUGCUCUGCUUUAUCUAUAGCUUGGUUUACAGUAUCCUGGGUCGGACUCCUUACCUGCCCUUCGUGGCUGAAGCUGCCGGUAGACAAUUGUGAUUAUCUUGCCUUGCUUUGGGGGGGCUGCUACUGUUUUAUUUGAUCUGUUGUAGUUAAGUGUUUUUGAAUAUGAAGGGGCUUGAGCAUUUGGAUACUUCAAAGACCCAUCAGUUCUAUUACUUGCAGUUGAUUUUCUUCCUUUCCCAAUUUACUUUACCAAGCGUUAAGCUUCCUCCCGUCUGUCUUUUUUGUUAUCAUUAUCUUUUUAAAGAAAGGGGUGUGAAGGUUUUUGUGGUUC